AUGGGCGAGGCCUUGGCCUUUGAUGCUUCCUUUAUCCAACCCAUUCAGCACCGCCCGAAGCUCGAACCCGUCGACCCCAUCGACGAAGUUCCCACUAUUGAUCUCUCCAUCUCCGACUCUCGUAGCGUAGAACAACUUGUUUCUGACAUAGCCUCGGCUUGCGAGAACUGGGGUUUCUUCCAGGUCAUCAACCAUGGAGUUCCCAUGGAGUUGGUUGCGAGAAUGGAGGAAGUAACGAAGUUGUUUUUUGACCAGGGAGUAGAGGAAAAGAGGAAGGUGAAGAGAGAUGCCGCCAACGCUAUGGGGUACCAUGACGGUGAGAAUACGAAAAACGUUAGGGAUUGGAAGGAGGUGUUUGAUUUCUUGGUUAAGGAUCGGACGUUGGUUCCGGCUUCGCACGAGCCAGAUGACACGAAUUUGAGGGUUUUGACUAAUCAGUGGCCACAAUAUCCCCCUGGAUUUAGGGAAACAUGUGAGGAGUAUGCAAAGGAGUUGGAAUUGUUAGCUUAUAAGCUACUGGGGCUGAUUUGUUUGAGUCUUGGAUUGCCCAUUGCGGAUAGAUUGAAGGGUUAUUUCCAAGAUGAGCAAAUGAGCAUGGUGAGAUUGAAUCGGUAUCCUCCAUGCUCAUCUCCAGAUCUUGUGCUUGGCGUUGGGCGUCACAAGGAUGCUGGUGCCUUGACUAUCCUUGCCCAAGAUGGUGUUGGAGGGCUGCAAGUGAGGAGAAAAUCAGAUGGAGAAUGGAUUCCUGUCAAACCAAUCUCAAAUGCAUAUAUUGUUAACAUUGGUGACAUUGUUCAAGUUUGGAGCAAUGACAAAUACGAAAGUGUGGAGCACAGGGUGGUGGUGAAUACAGAGAAGGAAAGGUUUUCCAUUCCAUUCUUCUUCUUUCCAGCGCACCAUACAAUGGUGAAGCCAUUGGAGGAGGUUGUGAAUGAACAAAAUCCCCCAAAAUACAGAGAAUACAACUUUGGAAAGUUCUUUGCGUCCAGAAACCGCAGUGAUUUCCAGAAGCAAAAAGUGGAAAACGUCCAAAUUGAUCAUUUUAGGCUGCCUGUGUGAGUUCCUGAAGCUCUCUCUUGUCUUCCACUUCCUUGUGUGUUCAGUGUAUCCUUUCCAAUAAAUUCAAUAGAAUAGAAGAUAUAUGAUAGUUAUUUAGGGGGGCGGAGUUGAGUUGAGUUAUGAGAGGGGUUAAUAAGUUGGUAUUUGGGGUGUUGAGAGUUGUAUUGAUAAUGAAAUCUGAGUUUAACAAAUUGGUGUUUUGGGUAUGAAGUCAUUUUCUAAUUU